AGACAAAAAAAUGCGACGUCGGAGGAGCCCCACAAUACCAAUACUGAUUUUAGGGCUCGUUUUGCCGGUUUUGGUAUCCUCCCAAACAUAUGACGCAGUGCCCAUUGGCCGUCCGUUCCUCCGUCCACCACCCUCCCCAAGACAAGAAGAAGCUCCGGCUCCGACGCUGGCCAGAGGGUACCAGCCACCACCACGGCCCUCAAACUUCCAACCACCAAGGAGUUAUCCGAGUUUCCGACAACCUUCUCUAAAUCUAGACAACCGACAAUUCCCGGGUAAUCAUCAGAGAGCUGGCCAGAAUUUCAAUUGGCAAAUGCAACAGCUUCAGCAGCAGGAUCCACAGAGAUUUGGGUUCCGGCAGCAGCAGAGGACUAUUCCACAGACACCACCGUCAUUCCAACCACCUCACAAUCAUUUCCGUGCAGGAGCGCCCGGUCAAAUUCCACAUCAGGGUCGUCAAGUAGCACAUUUUCAGAGACCCCAUAUUCAAAUCCCAACGUCAUCCAUCCUUCAGCGACAGACAGAAGUUUCUCCGGCGGAUAUUCGAAAUGGACCCCAACAGUUGGAUCCGGUUAACAACAUCAUCAUCCACCUUUACCUGAAUGCCAAGGAUCGUAUGCCAUCUCAUACGGAGAUCAAGACCCCAGUACGUGGAUUAUUUGGAAUUGGGACUUCCCAUGGCGGACCGGGGACCCAUAGUGACCCUAUUGUGAUCACCAAGGAUUUUGACAGGGAUACUUUGGAGUUUGUGGAUGAGGGACAGGUUCAGAAGCCCGGAGCAUCCAACAUAAUCGAGGUAAAAGCCACCGUAUCGACUCCAAACCGACAAUUGGAAAAUACUGUUAAUAAUGCUGUUAAUAAAGAGCUCAACCGUGCAAUUCCAAAAGUUAUGGAUAGAAUGCGUGGGAGUACCAUGACUAUGGACAACGGGAUGCGGAAGGAGCUCGAGGAGGCGUUGGUCGAUGAGUUGGCAAAGAAUUUGGGUGAAACUAUUGAUAAUACUGAUAUUACUGAAGAAGACCUGGAAAAAUUGAUUGAAGAAGGAUUUGAUGAGGUUCGAAAAAUCGAUCAAGAGACGACCACCACGACAACUACCAAAGCCCCGCCCACAACUAGGACUCCGCCCACAACUCGGACUCCGCCCACCACUUCCCAACCUGCAGAAUUUAACAUUGAUGAUGACGACUAUGAGAGUUCCGAGGAUAUUUCGGAAAGUCAUACAACUCCGCCCACGCAAACCCCGCCUACUCAGACCCCGCCCACAACAACCACCACUCGCCGAGUUACUGUAGUGGUGACAAGUCCAACUACAACAACACCUCGACGCACCAUUACCACAAGAAUUUGGACAACAACAACGACUCAAGCCCCGCCCACCGAGGCCCCGCCCACCGAGGCCCCGCCCACUACCCAAACCACGCCCACUUCUUGGACACGACCGACAGAUGGGCGUGUUCACGUUAUGCCAGGAAUCCGGGUGACUGAGACUCCGCCCACAAUUCAGACUCCGCCCCCAACAACUCAGACUCCGCCCACAACCCAGACUUCAUCAACGACUCAGACUCCGCGCACAAAGCAAACUUGGGCUCCGUGGACUCCGCCUACGACAACUACAAGACAGACUCCGCCCACCACGCAAGCCCCGCCCAUAACCCCGCCCCCUUACCGCCCACCAACUUCUGUGGUGACGUAUGGACCGGAAUCUGAAGAAAUACAACACGCUGAGCACGCUGAAAAUGGUCAAAUUUCUGCAAUUCCCACGAGAAAACCGACACUUAUCGAGGUUUCCCCAUCCACUCACCACCACCACGGAAUUGUGAACCUUGAGAGCAACGAGGAGGACUAUGAGAGCACGGUGACCUCGAAGCCGGUGAUUAUGUUUACAACGGAAUCUACAGUAGUCCACAACCUUCCAACAAAGCCAUCAUCAGCCCCAACCCUGCAUCCAUCGACUUUCAGCCCUCCACUGGUAACUUCAUCUGAAAAUCCGUUCACUUUCACGCUGGACACCACACCAACUUCUACAGUAACCCCAAUGACGUCACCACCUUCUACAGUAACCGAGACCACGCCCACUUCUACCGUAACCCCACGCCGGUAUACUGUAGACGAGAUCGUGAAAAUCGAGGUAGCACCGCACACAAUUUACACCGAAGAGCCAUUCUUCUCCACUUCAAGCAUUGAAUGGAACCCCAUCACCUCAGCGGAAGACUACAGUAGCCCUACAGUACCCACGACUACUGUAACUCCGGAAGUUGUAAGAGAAGAUGAGGAUUAUGAUUACACUAACGAGUUUGCCAUACCAAAUGAGCCUAUAGUCACUACUACUACUACUGCCAUCGCUUCUACUACUAAUUCCGAGACUUCCAAGCCAAGACAUCAAUCUUCAUCAUCAGAGGAAAUCCAGCCAAACUUUGUUAUCCCAUCAGGCGCGUGCCCGACACCUAACAGGCCGGAAAUCGACCGAAAUCGCACGGAUAUUCUGUUUUUGCUCGAUUCCUCCGAUAAUUUCACAGAGCAAAAGUUCCAGAGAGCCAUAAAAUUGAUCGGCGAGACUGUCGGCCAGUUCAGCAAUUUCGGGGCCGACGGAGUUCAAGUUUCACUGGUUCAAUACAAUGAUGAGCCAUAUUUGGAGUUUUCACUGAGAAAGCACAAUUGCAAGAAGCAUCUGUUGGCGGAUAUUGCGGAUACCGAGUUUAUGACGGGAGGAAGCCAGCUGAACAAGGCGUUGGAAAAAGUGUCCCAAUUUGCAUUUACCAAGAAAAGAGGAGACCGUCCGGAUGCUGAAAACAUUUUAAUAAUCGUCACCGAUGGUCAAUCCGAUGCAAGAAUCCAGGAGCCAACUCGUCUAGUGAAGGAUCAUAAUGUGACGGUUCUAGUGAUCUCCACACUGGAGGCUGAUAAGAAUUUCAUCAUAAAUUUAUCAGCUGAAAAUCUAUACGAUUCUGAUAAUUUUGGAAAAGAUUUGGCAUGGAAAUUGGCCAAGAGAAUUUCAGAUUCUUCCCCGAAAUAUUCGGUAAAAAAUCCCGAAAAUUCGAAAAUUCUGACCCCAGUUUUGCCGGAUUUGAAUGAAAAUUUGGCGGAAUCUCCAGAAGUUCUGGUGACAACACGACCUGAAAAUGCUGAAACUGCUGAAAAUUCUGGAAUAAUUGAUUUGGAAUGCGUGGGAGACGGUUUCAAAGUCCAAGUCAACCCGCCUGCAGGCUUCCGCGGAGUUGCAGUUGUUAAGGGGUAUCAGGAUGAUGCUAGGUGUAAGGCGACCGCUUCUUCCUCUCUUCCACUAAACCUAUUCAUCUCAAACAACGAAUGUGGUGUGACCCAGGUAAAAUCCUCGGAUCCAAAUGGCCUAAACUCUUCCCUGGUGCUCCAUUUGCUCCACGACGACGAACUGAACACGGCCGAGGACCGAGCAUACUUGCUCCAGUGCUUCAUCGGAGCCCAGAAUCAGGACGCGGUAGUCUCCACAAAUUUGAAUGUAGUUCGUAGUGAGCUGGCAAUCGCUGAAACUAUUUCCCUAUCCACAUUACCCCCAACUUGCACGUAUUCCAUUAGAAAAGAGGGCCCAGAAGGCCCAAUUGUAAGCCGGGCCGUUGUCGGGCAAACUGUAUGGCACCGGUGGGAGUGUGAUGGGACAAAUGACACGAAUCAGGCGUAUGGUAUUCAGGUUCACAGCUGCUACGCCAGUGACGACGUAGAGCGGAAAUUUGCGUUCGUCGAUCCACGUGGAUGCUCAUCAGAUUUGGCUCUGCUCACCGAUUUGACCUACGCAGAUGAUUCGCUGACUGCGUGGGCGGCAAGCCACGUGUUUAAUGUGCAUGACGCUGAAUCUCUAAAAUUCGUCUGCAAACUCUCCUUAUGUACACGAGACGGUGAUGGGUGUGAAGGGGUUACGCCCCCAGCUUGUGGAAAUACUAAUAAAACCGGAUUAUUGCUCACAAAACGUCUCGCAAAGGGAAUAAAUUCAGUUGAUGAAGCUCUGACGUCAGCACUGUCUACCAACGUGAAGCUCACCUCGGGCUCCUCUGACGGCCUGGAAGACCUCUUAAAAUCGGCGACCUCCAGCUAUUUAUUCUGGGUGGUCGCCUUGGUGGCCGUGGCCGCGAUUGUCGCAAUUUCAAUUCUUUCUCGCAACAUGGCUGAGAACUCUGAUACGGCGACGACUUGCUCGGACCCCACAACGAUGUCAGAGUCACAGGACUUUGGCGGCUCUAUCCGAUCGAUAAGUUCCCCACCGCCGCCAAAUCGACAGUUGGCAGAUUUUAUGCGCAGUUUCGACAGGAAUCGAUAUGUCUAACCUGGAUUUUAUCGAUUUUUAGGCUAUAAUUUCUGUAUAUUUGUCGCC